AUGGCCGUCCAGUCAGCCUCAGGCACGCUGGGGGGCGUGUCGAUGAAGCAUCUCUCACUUGCGACACUCAUCUUUCAGAAUUCCAUGCUUAUUUUGAUUAUGCACUAUUCGCGCGUCAUGCCUCUCGUUGGCGGCCAACGAUAUCACGCAAGCACGAGCGUUUUUUUGAACGAGGUGAUGAAACUGGGGAUCAGCGGGUCAAUGGCUCUAUAUGACUUGACCAACACAAUGCCUUCGACCACAACCAUGCCAACGCUCUUCCGUACCCUCCUCAGCCAAAUCUUCACCAACGAGAGUUGGAAACUUGCCAUACCGGCCGUGCUAUACACGAUACAAAAUAAUCUGCAGUAUGUGGCAGUCAGUAAUCUGGAUGCGGCGACAUUCCAGGUUACGUAUCAACUCAAAAUCCUCACGACAGCUAUUUUUAGCGUUCUGCUGCUACGCAGAGUCCUUUCGCCCCGUAAAUGGCUAUCCUUGUUUCUGCUCAUCCUCGGAGUGUCCAUUAUACAAGUUCCUCAGGCCAGCUCUCAGAUCAAAGACAAGGCCUGGGCUGCACGAACAAUGGAGAAGAUGCACAGCCUUGGCAGCAAUGCGGUUGCACAUAUCAUGCGAUCUGGGUCUUAUGAAGGAAUACAUAAGGAUCGAGCAGCACAAGUGCCCCAUAUGGAUGCACGGGUUGGGCUAACCGCUGUUCUAUUAGCAUGCGCCUUGUCAGGACUGGCGGGUGUCACAUUCGAGAAGAUCUUGAAAGAAUCGUCGGGCGCGCAAUCCACGUCGCUCUGGGUGCGCAAUUGCCAGCUUGGCUUCUGGUCCCUAUUUCCAGCACUAUUCCUUGGCGUAGUCUGGAAAGAUGGCGAGAUCAUUGCAAAGACUGGCUUCUUUGCAGGCUACAACUGGGUCGUGUGGACCGCCAUUUGCUUCCAGGCAGCUGGUGGCAUUGUCGUUGCCCUGGUUAUCAACUAUGCGGACAAUAUCGCAAAGAACUUUGCCACUUCGAUAUCAAUCUUGCUUAGCUGCGUUGCUAGUGUAUACUUUUUUGACUUCAAAGUCACCAAAUCAUUCUUUAUCGGUACUAGUGUUGUUCUAUUCGCGACAUAUCUCUACACCAAGCCAGAGCGGACCGACCACCAAUCCCCGCUGAGCAUCGCUGAAUUCGAGAAAACAACAACGGAGCGAAGUCCAGCUCAUGUUCGCCAUGAUGUUGACUAUGCGCCAUCGAACACUCCAAGCACUGUUUCUGUACGUGCUGUCGCCGGUCUAUACUGUGCCUCAAGUGCAAUUUUACCUGUGGCAGUCAUGACUAAGGAGUACCAUCACCACCGCCACAACGAAGUUAACGAGCUCGAAGCUGCACAAGCUGGACAAUAUGAUUCUCGACAUGACAUGCUGCAACCUCGCUUCACGCAGCCAGCAAGACAAGUGCCACCACGUGAUCGAUAUCGUGCCACGCUGUGCCAUGAUCCCAUGUACGAUGUAGUAGAGGAUGAGGAGCUAUAUGACUAUGGCGGGCCGUUUGACUCAUUUGAUGAAGAGCUACUUCAACUGCCCUAUCAGGACCGUCAAUGUCAGGCAGUGCAGGGCAGGGGCCGUCUCUCACUCGCGCCAGGGCCUUCAAGAUCCUUCUCUCAGGCUGCUCCCAUACAUUCUCGACCUCUGUAUCAAGCGCGUGAUCAGUAUGAGCACGAAGAAGGAGGAGAGGACGCUCGUAAUGAGGCUGUGCGUGGUCAACUGAGACGCUUUGCGUACAAUGUCGAUUACCCUAGGGAGCCCAGCUCGGACUGGCAGAUCGGUGCAUCUUCCAGUCCAGCAAUGAGAGCUGGUCAGCGACGCGCGGAGCAAAGCACCUAUGUGCCGGGUCUAUAUAGACCAAUGGAAACAUCUUUCGCUGAAGAGCGACACAACGUUCGGAAGUUGUCAGAUAUGGCCGCAAAUAAUUUACAAGAUGACAGAUAUCUUGCACAACCUGAGUCGGACGAUUGUGAACAUCGUCAUACUCUACAGCACAAACAACGGGUUGAACGUCCCUUUCGCCAGCUGAAGCCCUCCCGUUUCAAUUCUGAACUACCCGGGCACGCUCAUGCUGCGCCAACGGUUAAAGGCAUCCCACUUGUUCCAAUCAUCACUCUACCCGAUCGACUGCAGACCAUCUUUCCAUACCCAACUUUCAACGCUGUUCAGUCCAAGUGUUUCCAAAAGAUAUUCCAAAGCGACGACAACUUCGUACUUGCCUCCCCGACAGGAAGUGGAAAGACGGUGGUCCUAGAACUCGCCAUAUGUCGGGCUGUGGUCUCCAAUGCAACAGAUCAGUACAAGAUUGUGUACCAAGCACCUACCAAAGCUCUUUGCUCCGAACGUCAACGAGAUUGGGAAAAGAAGUUCCAAUCGAUUGGGUUGAAAUGUGCCGAACUUACUGGUGACAGCGACGCCACAGAUUUACGCAAUGUGCAAACGGCCAAUAUCAUCAUCACUACACCUGAGAAAUGGGACAGUGUGACGAGGAAGUGGAAAGACCACGAGAAGCUUAUGAGACUCAUCAAGCUUUUCCUUAUUGACGAGGUCCACAUACUCAAAGAAAACCGAGGCGCUGUCUUGGAAGUGGUUGUUUCACGAACGAAAUCUAUCGCUACUGACGUUCGUUUUGUCGCUCUUUCCGCAACCGUCCCGAAUUUCCAUGAUGUAGCAGUCUGGUUGGGGAAGAAUACAAUGGAACCAGAUGUACCUGCUGCGAACGAAAAGUUUGGGGAGGAGUUUCGGCCAGUCAAACUCCAAAAGCAUGUUUGUGGCUAUGUUUCGAAUCAAAGCAACGACUUUGCUUUUGAAAAGUUUAUUGACAAAAAGUUGCCUGGAGUCAUUGCCAACUACUCUGAAGGAAAGCCAAUCAUGAUAUUUUGCGCCACUAGGAAAUCCACUAUCCAUACGGCGAAAUUGAUCGCCAACUGGUGGAUGUCGACACCUGAUCGUUCCCGAUUCUGGUAUCCGCCUCAGAAGCCACCUAUGAUGUCCAACAAAGAAUUAAGUGAGGUGGUCUCUUCUGGGAUUGCCUUCCAUCAUGCUGGUCUAGACCAUAAUGACCGAGUGCAGAUCGAGAAAAGCUUCAUCGCGGGAGAGCUCAAUGUCAUAUGUUGUACGUCAACGCUGGCCGUAGGAGUGAACUUGCCUUGCCAUCUGGUUAUCAUCAAAAACACCGUCUCAUUUACCGAAAAAGGGAUGCAGGAAUAUUCGGACUUGGAGAUGAUGCAAAUGCUUGGUCGGGCAGGUCGACCACAAUUCGAUGACUCUGCGGUAGCAGUGAUUAUGACACGCCAGGCAAAAGCGCAUCGAUAUGAGAUGAUGGUGACUGGAGAGGAGCUUCUUGAAAGCAAACUCCAUCUCAACUUAAUCGACCAUAUGAAUGCCGAGAUUGGCCUGGGAACCAUCUCUGACCUGGUCUCUGCCAGAAAAUGGCUCAAGAGAACAUUUCUCUACGUCCGACUCCAGCAGAAUCCAGUCCAUUACAAACUAGAAGGCGCACGAAGUGGCCAAAGUGUGGAAGAGCAGGUCGAUGACAUCUGCGCCCGUGACAUAACCCUCUUACAAGAUACCAAUCUUGUCUCGGGUCAGGAACAUAUUCACUGUACUGAGUUUGGACACGCCAUGGCACGAUAUUAUGUCCACUUUCAGACAAUGCAAGUGAUGAUGGGUCUUCAGCCCAAGUCUUCUCCAUCCGAGACUUUAUCUGCCAUUGCUCAAGCUUCGGAGUACUCCAUGCUUCGGUUCCGCCAGGGCGAGAAGCAAUUUUAUAAACUCCUCAACAAGUCACCGCAAAUUCGCUGGGCCAUUCCAGUCAACCUCGAUAUCCCGGCUCACAAGGUUUCGCUGAUCAUACAAGCCGUCCUGGGAUCUGCAGACAUCUCAUGGGACGGCGAAAUGAGCAAGCAUAGAACGCAUUACAACAUGGACACCCAAAUGGUGUUUAAAAACGUUAACAGCUUAGUCAGAUGCAUCAUAGACUGUCAAAUCCAUUUAGGAGACUCUGUCAGCAUACAUAGCGCAAUGAUGCUAGAACGUAGUCUUGGAUCGAAAGCCUGGGACGACAGUCCGUUGCAGAUGAGGCAGAUUGAUGGAAUUGGUGUCGUAGCAGUGCGCAAGUUUGUCAAUGCUGGUAUCAGAUGCAUGGACGACCUUGAGGCUUCCGAACCACAUCGGAUUGAAGCUCUCGUUGGCAGGAACCCACCCUUUGGCCUUAAGAUCCUAGAGAAAGUUCGACAAUUUCCAAAGCUUCGAGUGUCACUCCACGUGCAGCCAUCAUCAGCCAGAAAAGCUUCUGGUGGUGUGACUGUUCAGAUCAAGACAGACAUCGGCUUCAUCAAUGAAAAGCCUCCUUAUCGUUUUAAUUUUAGGCCAGUAUAUUCGGUCCACUACUUUGUCUUCAAAUUAAUUCCACUCAGUGCCCAGAAACUAGGGUCAGGACAGAGCCUCGUCUUUCCGGCACUUCUAACCAGCCAUGAUCAAAGCGUGAACUGUUAUGUCACGUGCAAUGGAAUCGGUCACUUACGAGACGCGACUGUACGACCUCAAAUCGCUCCAGCAUUGUUUUCACCCAUCAGCCCUGAACUGGAUCUUCCACACCAAGCAAAUGUCUCCAAACGUCGCAAUGAAGUCUUUAACCCGUCUCGACGGCGUUCUACUACCAGUGAAGAUUUUGAUGACGACGGCAUUGACGAUGACGCACUGUUGAACGUACCCCUAGCCGAUCUCGAAUUCGAUCACAUUGAGAACUACGCAAAUCCUACCGAUGUAAUUACUCGAAGGAACACUGUCAAAAACAAAGCCACCCACCCAAGAAUAGAUGCAAAAGAAAACAAUCUCGCGACAAGAGAUGAAGACGACCAUCCAGUACAGUUGGCGAAUGGGAAGUGGGCCUGUAAUCAUGUAUGCAAGAAUAAGACGUCGUGCAAACAUAUGUGUUGUAAGACGGGGAUGGAUAAGCCGCCGAAGAAGAAAACCAGUGCCAAAUGCACGACAUCCGAUGGUCAUGCUAGUCAAUCUCAGCAGCAGGAAACGAGCCCGACAAGGCAGAACGUGCAGACGAAGCUGCAGCUGACAGCAUCGAAACGCAAGAGUUCAGCUCCCAUUGAAGAGCUUGACCUAACACAUCAAGAGAAGACGAGGAGGGCUAACUAUGCUAUAAACGGACCGAGAGACUAUCGAGAACUGCACCACCUUCACAAAACAGUCCAGGGAACCAAAUUGCCCAAUUCGCUCAAUUCGGUCAUGCACAGUAAACCGGCUUAUUGUUACUCUGAAGGGGGCGAACACAGCCUCUCUUUCUUGGACAAGCAGGCGGGUCAGCAGCCACAAACUGAAAGUGACUAUGGUGAUAUCCCUUUGGAUGAAGUAUCUGCACAGCUGUACCAAUCUCAGGCGCUCGAGUCACGGAUUACACCGAAGCGUCUAAGCGAUAUCGCUGAGUCUGAAGAGUACAUGGAGUGUCCAACAAUGACCGUCGCACCCUCACCCACAUCUGAUGACUAUGGUGACGAUGACUCUCUUCUAGAUGAUGCCAUGGUUGGGGUCGCUGACUCGCAUAAUCUUCAAGAGGAAGCUGGUGAGGAGUAUAAUGUUAUGAGAGCACCUGAAGAGGCUUUACAUGUGGAGUAUGAGACCGGCCUUGACAUGAAUAGCUGUUCUGAUGACGCCGGGUUCGAGGCGUCUGAAGACGGUCCUGAUGAGCGCACUGAAAAUAUAAAGCCAGUUGCAGGAGGGUCGUUUUGGGACAGUCGCGACUCCCAGGCUAUGCCCGGAUGUAGAGAGCAUUCGGAACGGGGGCGCAGAGAACAGCAGCCCAAGAUCCCGGAGCCGCUACAGACAGCGUCUGAUCAUCCCCUUACAAUUUCGGAUGAUGUACGUAAUACUGUUCUCGAGACUGACGUGCUAGACCCGAUCGACUUUGACUCAUUGGAUGUCAAGCCUGUUGAGAAAGAGAUCAAGUUGAAGGAAGAAGCAAUUCCCGACGCCUUCAAAGACCUCGAACCGUGGCUCUUUCAAGAGUUUGGGGACAUUGUGGAGCUUGUGGAUGGCUGA